GUUUAAGCUGUUCAGCUGAGCUAUUCACAUAAGGGUUAAGAUUUGUUUUUAUUCAUAUUACUUGGCCACAUCGCUGACGCGGAGCUGACUGACUAACAAAUAAACAAAACUUAAAGCUUUUUAUUAAUUAUAACAAAUAUUAAACAGAUUAAAAAUGCGCAAAACAUGGGUGAAGCGGGAAAAUAUAUAUUACAAACCAUUCUACAAGGAUAAAUCGAAAAUGUUUUUGCUUCUAAUAUUUUUGGUUGGAAUCUCAUUCAUUGCCUAUCAGGCCUUCUCGCUGAAUCAGUUGCCCAGCGUGCAGCAGCUGCGACGAAAGCAUAAAGAAAUGAUGCAGUCACUUGGUAGCAAACAGCUGGACGAUGACUUUGAUGGCGGAGGCGGCGUUGCUAGUGGCAAGGAUGGCAAUCUGGCUGUGCCGGCAACACAAGAUGCAGAUGCCAUCAAGAUUAUAAGGGGCAUUCGUCUCUUCGACUAUGAUGCAUACAAGCCCAAUUACAAAGGCAAUUUCAAGUGUCUGGAUGGCAGCAGGGAGAUACCUUUUGACCAUCUCAAUGACAACUACUGCGACUGUGUUAGUGAUGGCAGCGAUGAGCCGAGUACAAAUGCCUGCUCCAAUGGCCGCUUCUAUUGCAAAUACCAAAAAAGACAUAUCACGGGGCGUGGCUUAGACGUGUGGGUUUGGGCGUCCCGAGUGAAUGAUAACGUAUGUGAUUGCUGCGACGGCAGCGACGAAUGGACGACAAAUGCCAACUGCCAAAAUCAUUGUGCGUAGUUUUGCUUGCAUUUCGGGUGGAUCGGCUUAGCAGAACACCAAAAAAAAAAAAA